AUGAAGCCGGUCCUCCGUCGAAUAAUGAACGUCGGUUCGUGCGAUUACGUCGUGUCCUCAAACCAUCUAUUCCCGAGAAUCAGAAGUUUGCUCGGUGGAAGACCCGAUUGUUGUUAUAUCGACGAGUUCGAUCUACCAAUGGACUUCUUCACGGAUGAUGUGAAGAAGGUGGCAAGGGACGCACCUGGCUUUGUGGAAAUGGAAUGGCCGGAAGACAACGAUGCGAUGGCGGAGGUUCAAGAAGCGUUUCGGAGAUAUGUGCCAGUGAGCAAGAAGCCGAUCAGUGUCGAGCGAGAUAGGCAAUUUUUGAAAAAAGAAAAACUCGGGCCCGUAUUCUCGUGCAACUUCUAUCGCGAGGCCGGGUGCAGUGCAGGAUUGACGAUCAUGGUGACUGUCCACCUGGUGCAUGGCGCUGAUGGGAAAGCGUAUAUGGGAAAAUACAACUAUGAUGUCGCAAUCACCGUGAUGGACAACACCCACCACGAA